AUGCAAGCCUCAAAAUUAAUUAAUGAUGUUAAUUUUCAUCUUCAGUGGAUCGAUAUAAUAUCCAAAGUGAAAAUAACCUAUCCCUCUUUAGAUCAAUUUAUUCAGGCAUAUCAAAAUAAUAAAGAAGCAUUUAUAGAAUUUCCAUUCGAUACACCAGUGCUUAUUAAGCUAGUUCAACGAAUGCAUCCUCCAACAUAUGCGAAAGAGUCACCAUUUAUGACUUUUAUUCGUUUGAAUCAAGUAUUGAACCUCGAUCCGACGCAAUUUUUUGAACAAUUUCACUCAAUAUUCCGUCUUGGUAUUAAAAACCGAUUGUAUGAAAAGAAAGACGUUGCUGAACUUUUUACAUGGAUCAAAUCGCAAGAUCAACUAUUUGGUCAAUAUUUUAAUCAUUAUUCUUCAAAUGCGAACCCAGACCAUCUUUGGGAUAUGUUUCUACAUUUAUUUACGAUUGGUGCUGUCGACAAAAUCGUUCAGAAACAUCUGAUCCCAAUAGUAAGCCAGAGAGCUUUAUCAGUUAAUACUACAACCUUUCAACGAUAUGUAAAAAUAGCUAAGAAUAGUUUAGGAGAAAUCAAACCUGACCAUGAAUCAUAUUUUCUCAAUUUAUUCGAGAAAAUAUUUUAUGCUUAUAUUAUCAAAUGGUUCACUAAUCCUCAAUAUUCGUAUCAACUCACUCGUAUUGAAUGCAUAGAUCUUUUACAAGCUGGCUUACAACUAUCUUUCACGGAUCUAUUAGAAAGAUAA